UCUUUAUCUGAUGAAGCGCUCGACAAUUCGUUUGAGGACUGCACUACUAUUUGUUUAUAUCCUAUUUUCUGCAAUGUACGUGAAUUUAAAGGACUACAUGUCUGGAGGAAUAUUUUUCCCCCAAUUUGGAUUGAAGGUUAUAUCAUACUUUUGACAAUUUACUUUUUGUUUGACGGUGGUUGGUUGGAUCCAUUGCCUUGCGUCUGGUGUUCUAAUGAUGAAAGACAUUUUGUCACUUCCGUAAACGAUAAGUUCUCUUGUUUCCAACCAUUGGUCGGAGUUUGUCCUCCGGUUGUGGAUCAUGUUGAUGUUCAAUGUUUAGGAUUAACAAUGGGUCGUUUCAAUCAUCCUCACUUGAUGCAGCUUAUUGGAAUAGCAUUUGCGGACGGAAGAAUUCCUAUAAUAGUUACAGAUUACAUGGAAAAUGGUGAUCUGAGGUCUUAUCUUCGUGAUAUUUCCAAGGUAUUUGUCAACAAUGAGUUGUUUACCUUUUUUUCCAUUUAUGUUCGAGUAACACAGUUUUCACUCUGUGUAGACUACAGGUUGGACUCCGAUCUUAACAUCAAGAUUGGCGAUUUUGGAUUGUGCCGAAGAGUCAGUGAUGAGAGCGAGUGUUACAAGCCUUCUCAUAAGCACCGUGAUGUCCCCUUUCCAUGGAUGGCACCAGAAGCGAUGAGAAUUGUUUGUUUUCAGUUCACGUUUCAAAACGAUGUAUGGGCAUAUGGCGUUGUUCUUUGGGAACUCACCACUCGGGGAUUGAUGCCAUAUGCUGGCAAGAACGGAAUCGAAAUAUUGGAAUUUCUACGGGCGGGUAAUAGGCUGGAAAUGCCUGAAUAUUGCCCUUUGGAAUUGUACAACGAAAUCAUGCUACCUUGUUGGCAUGCUGAUCCACAGCAGCGUCCAACUUUCGCGGAUUUGGUGACCUUAAUGAAUAAUUUAGUCGCUUCUAUGGAAAGUAGUCAACUUAACCGUCUGUCUUGUAAUUACGAAAAAGUGAGUUCUGCACCUCAACUGAGUGGAAUAUCGUAA